CUCCGGGUUACUUUUUUGUUGGCCCCUCUAGCUUCUUCCAAACCGUCUUCCUCGGACUCAACGCGGAAGCUUCGAGUAGUGAGUCAUGUCUGCGAGUCAUUCUGGUCGCACCUACAAACCUGUGAGCCAUGUCAUUUUCGACAUGGACGGAUUAUUAUUAGACACAGAGCGGCUGUACACCGUGUCCUUCCAGGAAGUGUGCGACCGCUUUGGGAAGCAGUACACAUGGGCGGUGAAGUCUUCAGUGAUGGGUAAGAAGGCUCUGGAUGCGGCCCAGAUGAUCCGGGACGCUCUGGAGCUUCCUCUGACCGCCGAGGAGCUCCUCGCUGAAACCAGACGGAUACAAGAGCGGAUCUUUCCCUCCGCCGCACUCCUGCCAGGCGUGGAGAAGCUGGUGCAGCAUCUCCGUAACCAUGGCGUCCCCGUGGCGGUGGCCACCAGCUCGGCCGGCGAGACGUUCCAGCUGAAGACGAGCCGACACAAAGACUUCUUUGGGCUGUUUGACCACGUCGUCCUGGGAGACGACCCCGAGGUGAAGAACAGCAAACCUCGACCGGACUCGUUCCUCGUCUGCGCCGCCAGGUUCACCCCCCCGGCUGCUCCAGAGAAGUGCCUAGUGUUCGAAGACGCUCCCAACGGCGUGAGGGCGGCGCUGGCGGCCGGGAUGCAGGUCGUGAUGAUUCCCGACGACAACAUGGACCCGGGUCUUACCCAGGAGGCCACGCUGCGACUCCGGAGCAUGGAAGCGUUUGAGCCGCAGCUCUUUGGCCUGCCGGCGUUCGACUGAGCCGGAAAACCUAAAACCUGACAUUUUAGAGACCAUGUAACUAAUCCAUUCAUCCUGAAAUAACCCACGCAUGGAUCCAGGGGGAAAUAUUCGGCAGUGUUAGGGGAACUUUAGUUUGGGACCACCAGGGGGCAGCGUGGAUA